GCCAUUCUAGGAGGCCAAACCACGCAGCACACAUUGUGUUCCUUUCCAUUCACUGGAUACAUAUUUUUGUGUGUAGACGGGAUCAAGCGUUUAGAGAAGUCGAUUUUGUGCAUUCAAUUGGAGACAAAGAUGGCAGUGCGGAUCGUCUUCAGUGUGAUUUGGAUUCUGGCAUUUCUGGUACAGAGCCAGGUGAUUGGUGAUGAUAUCGAGUAUGGUAGUGCAGCCGAUUCUGUUGUCUCAGAAAACGAAAUUGUAAGAUGUAAGAGCUUAUGGACGAGCUGCCGAACUCGCUGCAUACAGCGCUGCAGUGCAUAUCGCAAUUCUGUCUGUUUCACGGCACUGACUUCCAUGAGAAACAAGGACAAAAGGGAGAAAAGGGAGAUGUUGGACCUCCGGGGCCUCUGGGCCCUGUAGGAGUUCGUGGCCCUAUUGGAAUAGUAGGCCCAGCAGGUCCGAAGGGCAACAGAGGAGCAACAGGAAUUCCUGGUUACCGUGGGAGACCAGGUGAAAAGGGUGAAAAGGGAGAAACUGUACUGACGAAUCGACUCUCAAGCUUACCACAAUACAAACCAGCAGCACAUCUGCAUUCCACGAAUGGAAAAGGAUACCUUAAAAACAUUGGUACCGUUAUUCAAUGGGGAAGAGCCAAAAAUGGUUCAUUCCUCAAUGAUGGAAUGACCUACAGAUCUGGAUACCUGACCGUGCCCAAGGCAGGCAUAUACCACAUCUAUUCCCAAAUCGUCUGUGAGCCUGACUACAAUGAUUAUUGUGGACUGUCCAUUUACGCAAAAGAUACAAGGACGCAUGCAGGUUAUGCUUAUUACAAACAGAGAGGCCAAACAGUGGGUGACCAGACGGUUUCGGUCAGUGCCUUGAGGAAGAUGUCGCAGUAUGAAAGUAUAGGCGUUAUUGCACAAGGCAAUGGCUACUUUUGGUUUGGUGAUGCAGAUCGGACGUUCUUUGGAGCUGUUUGUCUCAACUAAUCUGACUCAACAUUUGUGUCGGUAGUCGCUCGGCUAUUUCACACGUGACACGUGCUACUGGCAUGUCUUUUUGUGUUAUUGAUAUUGUAUGUCUUGGACGAUCACUCGUAGGGAUAAGUUUGCUACCUGCCUGACCUGCAGGUUGUUGUUGUAACAAAAAAUCACUGAAAUAUGACAGAAUGAUGCCUUGACUAGUUUUGUUGAUAUCA